GAACACGGGUCCGCGAGCCGCGGUGCGGGAGACCUGCGGCAGAAGAUCGCGCGUGCUCGUGAUUACCGCGCGCGUUCACUUGGGAUGCGAGAAUAGCUAAGAUUCCCCCCGCAAAGCGAGCAGAAGACCGAGAAACGCACACCCCGCCCCCCCCCCCGCACAGACAGCACGGAUUAGGACUGAACAAAGACCACACUCCGUGGCUGAACGUUGAGCAGAACCUUCCCUUCAGAAGAUUUCGGUGGCCCGUGUUCUUCAGCCUGGAUCUCGCUCCCGCCCUCCAUCUCAGCGGGUUGACACCGAGCCAUGUCCGAGCAGCAGAGGCAACGUUCGCUCUCCACCUCAGGGGAGACGCUCUACCGGGUGCUGGGCGUCGACAAGGUGGCCACGCCUGAUGACAUCAAGAAGUGCUACAGGAAACUGGCACUGAAGUACCAUCCCGACAAGAACCCCGAGAACCCGGAGGCGGCGGAGAAGUUCAAGGAGAUCAACAGCGCCCACGCCAUUCUGACGGACCCCACCAAGCGCAACAUCUACGACAAGUACGGUUCGCUGGGCCUCUAUGUGGCCGAGCAGUUUGGCGAGGAGAACGUCAACACCUACUUCGUGCUCUCCAGCUGGUGGGCCAAGGCGCUUUUCCUCUUCUGUGGCCUCAUCACCGGCUGCUACUUCUGCUGCUGUCUCUGCUGCUGCUGUAACUGCUGCUGCGGGAAGUGCAAACCACGGCCCCCCGAGGGCCAGGAGCCCGACUUCUACGUGUCUCCCGAGGACCUGGAGGCGCAGCUGCAGGCCGACGAGAGGGAGCCGUCGGAGCCCAUCAUGAUGCAGCCCUCCUUGGCCACAGAGAGCACCCAGCUGACAGUCAACAGCCACCACACCAGUUACCACACCGACUUGGGCUUCAACUAGAGGGCUGAGACGGAGGACGGAGGGACACGGUGGACUGGACACCAGGUCGUCCUUCAUACAGAACGAGAGGAAAGAGAAAUUGGUUGUUUGUUUUUUUAAAUCUUUUUGGCCUUUAGCAUCCAGGCCUCCCUUUUCAUACCGGGUCCAUCCACCCUGUGUGCUGUCCAGUGAACCAUCCAGGACGUGUCUGCUUUGGUGUGUGUGUGUGUGUGUGUGUGUGUGUGUGUGUGUGAGAGAGAGAGAGACCAUCAUGCUGUUUUCUUUCCUCUAAGUGCUUGAACCUCCAGCAGGAAGCCUAACUAAUCUACUGGACUUUCCUUAUGUAACAUCCCUGAGUGUGAACUUUGACCUUUGGAGCUCCAGCCCCGCUCACACUCUGUGUCUGCUGUAUCAUGUGGAACUGCUCUGUUUAGUCCAUAUUAUUUGUGAACUGCAAUGCUAUAUGUUGGUACAGGUUUUACCGUAUUAGGAAGCUAUAAAUGAGGGCUUUUAUGAAUAGGACUGCCCCGUAUUGCUUCGGGUUCCCAUAUUAUGAUGUGAUUUACAUGUAUAACUUCAUUGAUAGUUUUAUCAUUGGUGAUUUGCAUACAUUCCUACUUUCAUUACUUAUGUCCAUUUACAAAGCUGGGAUUUAAAGGUAAUCAGGGGAAGCCACCUAUUGAUCUCGCUGGCCAGUAUGAAAGGGGUGUAGCUUCGAUGCACCCGCCACCAUACACUACAUUUACUUUGAUCACUCCCCCAAUAACUGUGCCAAAGUUUCACCUGCAC